GUACUCUCAUUCUCUUCUUGCUCUCUUGCUUUCUUCCUCGCUCCCUCUCCUCUCUCCUUGUCGAGCAUUCGGGCUCUCCGAAUUUCAGCUAUGGCGACCGUCGUGCAAUCGCUGGCCGGAGUCACGGGAGUGGGCAGCCACGCCGCAGUCUCGGGCCGCGGCUGUUGCAGAGCGUCGGCCUCGAGCUCGGCAACUCCCGCUGCGCCUGGUGGUGCCCCGUUGAUUCGGCUCAUUUCCACCACCUCCAGCAGCGGUAGUAGUUCGUUCGCCACACCAUCGCCGAAUUUUGCCUCCCGCCCUCUCCCCAGACAUUCUUGCUGCGAGGCCCUUCCCGAACCUGUUCCCGGGGCUCCCGUGGAGAAAGUAAAUAGCAUUCUGUGCUCGAGCUGCAACGGAAAUGGUGCUGUUGUCUGCUCGCAAUGCGUUGGUGAGGGAAUUAACUCGAAGGACCACUUCAACGGUCGGUUCAAGGCUGGCACUAUCUGCUGGCUGUGCAGGGGCAAGAAGCAGAUGCUUUGUGGAGACUGCAAUGGCGCUGGAUUUAUGGGUGGCUUCAUGAACACACAGGACGAUUGAGAUCCACACGUGGUGUCUCCUCAAGUUGAGCCAAUUUGCCAGCUGUUUGGCUGUACCCUCGUCUUACGAGGAAGAAUGCUUCGGUUAGACAGACAGAACACUAUAGGCACCAAGAAUGUGCCCGCUCAAAAAAGCGUGUGGUCAUUGACCUUGUAUAAGGUAUUCAAAUGUAGAAGGGACAAAUGUCGUAAUUACAGGUAAUAAAAUUUGUUGUCUCCAGUUCUCAACACUGGUUCGAUCUACUUCUAGGCGUCGUUUCAGAGGUCUAACUUCAACCAAAGUUGAAGGUGUACCAAGUUGAUAUUGAAUGUAAUACCAUACAGUAUGUACGUC